UUUUGUAGUUCUCCAAAGGUUGACCUGUCAGCGUUGUAGUACAAUCUGUCACUGCUGUGCUGCGAAAUUGCGUGUCUCCUCCUGCUCCGUGCGCUGUUCCGCCUCUCGCACAGCGAGCACCAGGGCGUAGCAGCACGCCGCCGGGUGACUGUUUCAACUUGUAUCCGACUGACUAGCUCCAAGUUCGCUAACAAGCCGAACAAGUUGACAGCGGCGUUAGCGAGCUUCCUUACAGUUAGCCGGCUAGCUUCGCGUAGGAGGGGGCACCGAGAAACCAACAAGUAGCACACCGGACAAAAGUGAACAACAAUGCAGAGCACCAGCGUGCCACUUCAGUCCAGAAAGAGGAAACGUGAUGUGUCCAACGUGGACAACGAGGUGGGAGAAAGGAUUGGGAAAAUCCCCAGAUGCACUGUGGGGUUGAAGCACCCUGCGCCUUUCGCUGAUGAGUUGGUGCCAGCUAAUGCGCAACCCUACGAGAGGGUCAGCAUGGAGGAGGCCAAACGGGGAACACGGCUGGAAAGGCCGGUGCGGGUGUAUGCUGAUGGAAUCUUUGACGUUUUCCACUCAGGACAUGCAAGGGCUCUUAUGCAGGCAAAAGGCCUCUUCCCAAAUACACACCUCAUAGUCGGAGUGUGCAGUGACGACCUGACGCACAAGUUCAAGGGCUUCACGGUCAUGAAUGAAGACGAACGCUACGACGCCAUCCGACAUUGUCGCUACGUGGACGAAGUGGUGCGGAACGCUCCUUGGACGUUAACGCCGGAGUUCCUCACUAAGCACCGCAUUGACUUUGUGGCCCAUGAUGACAUCCCAUACUCCUCGGCAGGCAGUGACGACAUAUAUAAGCACAUUAAGGAAGCAGGAAUGUUUGCUCCCACCCAGCGGACAGAAGGCAUCUCCACCUCCGACAUCAUCACGCGCAUCGUCCGUGACUACGACCUGUACGUCAGGCGCAACCUACAGAGGGGUUACACGGCCAAGGAGCUCAACGUCAGCUUCAUCAACGAGAAGAAGUACCACCUGCAGGAGCGCGUGGACAAGGUGAAGAGGAAGGUACGAGACGUGGAGGAGAAGAGCAAAGAGUUCGUCCUAAAGGUGGAGGAGAAAAGCAUCGACCUCAUCCAGAAGUGGGAGGAGAAGUCCCGGGAGUUCAUCGGCAACUUCUUGCAGAUGUUUGGGCCCGAGGGAGCUCUGAAGCACAUGCUGAAGGAGGGCAAAGGCCGCAUGCUACAGGCCAUCAGCCCUCGCCAAAGCCCCAGCAGCAGUCCGGCCCGCGAGGAGCGCUCACCCUCUCCCACCUUCCGCCUGCCCUUCUUCAACAAGAGCUCCCCGCCCCCCUCACCUCACCACAGCGGCGCGCGGGGGGGCGGAUACCUCGUCAGCGAGGAUGACGAUGACGAAGAUGAAGACGACGACAAUUAGAGGGGUCAUUUUUUAUUUGUUCUCUUUUUUUUUCACUCUAGCAGCAGAUUCUGUUGCUGUCGGAAUUUUAGCACUUGUCACCUGUUUAUAUCCUUAUUUUUGUGCACCAAUUUGUCACACGUUCUUAGUAAGUUGAGUGGGAUUUCAAAAGGGUGGACAAUUUCCAGUAGAUUUCCAUGGGAAGUAAAGCAGGGGAAAUUUGGAAACAUUUAGAACUGGAAACUUUCCAUAGGAAAUAACUAGGAAUUUAUGGAAAUGUAUCACAUUCAAGUGUGUGUAUAUAUAAAAAAAAAUUGGGGGCCUAAGUAGGGGAAGUUAAGAUGGGGAAUUUUGGAUUCAAGCAUAAAUAUAUAUUUUUUUGUCUUUAAGCAGACAUCCAUGUGAAUUAAGUAGCUCUACUCGCCCACAUGCGAGGGCAUCACUGUACCUUAACUGCACCAGUUUUUUUCCUCCACUUUGCAAUUCCCUAGUAAGAGCAAACCUUAGCAAAAGUUUGGAAUUCCUUAUUUAUUCCCAUUAAUUCCCAUGGAACAUUUCCAUGAUUUUUAUGGCUGGGGGGAAGAAAUCAAUUUACUCUGCUAUAUCAACUUCAAAAAUAGGCCAACACAAAAUUUCUGCCUCCAUGCUCUUAAAAAAAAAAAAAAAAAAAAAAAAAGUUCCGCCCAGAACCGUGUUUGCGCUGCAGCAACUCAUGUUUCACACAGACAUUCAUUGCAGACGGACACAAUGUUGGCUCAAUGAUAAACUUUGCCAAAAAUGACAAAGGAGCAUCUGUAAGUGAUUUUUUUUUUAAAACAACAUAUUUAACAUAAGGGUGAGCUGAAUGGCUUUAGCAUUAGUUUUUGUUAACUAAAAUGGUAAUCGCGAUUGCUAACCAUUUAGCAUUUUGCUGUCUCAAAUUCUGUACACCAAAUUUAUACCAUACACUCAGUACCAGAGGUCGGUUGUAAGGCGUUACAUUUACUCAAGUAACAUUAUAAACUGUACUUGUCAGAGUACUUUAAAUGUACUGUACUUUACUCAUGCCGUUCGCUACUUCUUAUUAGUCCAUUUUGCGUGUGCCCGUCUAUUUUUAUACUCCAUCUUUGACUUCCACAUAGGCGCCUAUUGCGCCAAUCCAACGUGAUCACUGUCAUUUGACUCCAAUUCAUCAAUCAGAUGGCACAAGGCAGUCACAUGACCACGCACGCAGCCUUCGCAAAAACAACAGCUUUGUCAUGUCACUCUUACAUUGUGACUGCCCAAAGUCGGAUAUUUCAGCCCACUUCUAACUUGAGAAAACACCUUGCGAUAAGUUGCAGAUGUUUCAAUUGUUGUUUUGGCAGUGGAUAUGGCAACAUUAGCCCUAGCCUAUGGUGUCGCACAUGAACACGCACACACAAUCACAAAGUCUGGUCAGCAAACAGCUUCUUCAUGAAGUCAUUGAAGUGAAUAAAGCAAAUCAUGUUUCUGUAGGGCCCAAUGCAUGUGUUGUUGGUUUUUGGCUAGUCUACCCACCUCUGAUCACAUUUGCUAUUGGAAUAAUCACUUGGCUAAUGUGGGGAUGUCUUUUGGAUGGAAAGUGUUUCGUCAUCACAGUGUGGCGACUAAUGUCAACAACAGCUCCAGCGGCCAGUUGUGUAUUGGCCACCACUACGAUACUAGUGUUUUUAAGUGUAUUUUAAUUUUCAUUUGUUUUACUGUUUGGGGGUCAUUGAGGCCCUCUUUCUAGGAGUUGGAAGAUGGGAUAAAAGUAUUAAAUAUGUCGGCCAAA